AUACUCAAGCUCAUACCUACUACGUGUGUAUCUGUAUACGACACAGACAACUACAGCAUGUAUUUGUGUAGAUAGACAAUGCCAAUGUUGCCGUCCUCCAGAUCCUACUUCAGUCGAUAAUUACUCAUGUGCUUCGACUUCGAGUUUUAAUUACAAUUUUUCGAACGUUUUAUACCUACCUAUUGCCAAUUUAGACACCACGACAUCGAGUGAAGUUGUUCAAUUGCAUUUGAUUGUUUCUAUUCUGUUUAAGGAUGAAAAGUUUCAAUUUUAUUAUCGUCGGUUUUAUCGGUUUGUGUUUGUGUUUGUACUUUGAACCUAGUUCGCAGGAUUUAUUUGAAUUGAUUUCUAAACAAGAAUUAUCUCAAGAAGCUGGACUGCUGCGUCGAUUCAAUGAACCUGAAAUUCUUUUCAACAGACAGAAAAGAGCUGCUGCGACCAGCUCCAAAAAUAAGAAGAAACCUGUUCAAAGUCAACCCAAAGAAUGUGGAAUCAACAGCAAAAGCGCCGCAAAAGGAAAUUCUCGUUCGGAUAGCAAAGAAUGGCCAUGGCUGGUUUCAUUGAUGUUUGCUGACAGUUACUCGAGUUUCUGCGGAGGUGUUCUUUUGAAUCGUAAUUAUGUUCUGACAGCUGCUCAUUGCUUACACAGGAGGGAUCCAUCAGAUGUGCUGAUUCGUCUGGGAGAGUACGAUUUCUUCGAACAGAACGACACAGUUUCGGUUGACAUCAAACCUUCCAAAGCGAUAGUGCAUGCUGAGUACGAUCCUGCUACAAAGCAAAACGAUAUCGCUUUGAUAAAACUGAGCACACCGACUAAAUAUACGGAUUUCAUUAGACCUAUUUGUUUGCCUACGAGAAAAGCAAAAACUAAUCAGACUGUGGUGGUUGCAGGUUGGGGUACAUUGUAUUACGGUGGUCCGGUGAGUAACGUUAUAAUGGAGGUACCAAUACCAGUAUGGGAUCUGGAAAAUUGCAUAUCCAAGUAUCAUCAACCUGUUUUCAAGACUAAUUUAUGCGCCGCCGCGUACGAAGGAGGAAAAGACGCUUGCCAGGGUGAUUCCGGAGGUCCACUUUUAAUGCAGCAUGCUAACGGAAGAUGGGUCACGAUCGGUGUCGUUUCUUGGGGCAUGGGAUGUGCUGACAAAGAUCAACCAGGCGUUUACACCGAUGUUUCUUCUUACCUCGGAUGGAUUUCAAACAACACAAAAGAUGCUAUUUUGUAAAAAAAAAAAAAAAAUAUUGAUUUUUAUUUUUCUACGAUCGAUCCAUUAUUUAAAAAAUACUACUAAAUAGAAUAAUAAAUACAUACAUUUUUAUCCGUA